AUGAACGUCGCUAAGCCCGAUGCCAACACUACGAGGUCAGCUCGGAAAGUGCCUAGAUGUAACUGGGCCCUGUAUAUGGUUCCAGACAGCGUGAUCACGGAACUCUCCAUGUUGCGAUGUCAAGACACCAAAGUGAAAGAAGCAACGGACGACAACGGGACCAUCUCAUUUCUCAUCUACUACCUUCCACGCCGCGUCAACGUGACCGCGGAGCCUCUUGCGUCGACCAAAAGGGCGGCAUGGGAGGCAAACGGUAUAGACUAUCGUAGGGGCCAAAACCUCUCCAAGAGGUGUCAGAAUGGACGGAACCCGCCAUUCCUCUCCUUUGCCACGUCUCCCAACCGCAACCCGCUCUCCCCUUCCCCGUACGCCCUCCGCAUCACCCGCUCCCAAGAAUAUCAGUAA